GUACACGGAGAAUUUAUUCUUCUCAUUUUUUGGAAAGUGCUCAAGAAAUACAAACUAACACAAAAAUGGGUGUACCUGACGAAGGCCGCCGCUGCGGCCUGGGUUCGCCAACACUCUUCGAAACUGAACUAGGCGGUAGUGCCGCGGCCUCCUCGCCCGCGGCGACAAAGGUGAAGAAAGUACGCGUAGUGUGGGGUAUCAGUGGUGAAGAGGUGCUUUUGGACGCGGACGAGGUGCGGGAUCUUCUCCAGCGCUGUGGGCCAGGCUAUCUUGGAUUUGAGUCAAUUCAGUUUAUAUAACGCUUGUUUGGUGUCGACGGUUUGGGCAUUCGCUCUCUAUGAUUCCCCCGAGUAUGCUGGGAGCGUACGUGGCUCGCGAUAAUAGGCGGGAUGACGAUGACAGAGAUGAGACUCUUAGCGAGUGUAUACAUAGCAGUCUUGGUUGGCUUGAGAGCACCGGCGCAGGAACAGGGGCGCUGCUUUAGCCCGAUGAGAUAUGCAGUGUAGUGCCAGUGUGAAGACGAAGGUAGGCGAAGAGAACACUGCAGAUGUUCUAGAUCAGUUGCUCCGGACUUGGCUGCAUGUGCCUCCUUAUCGUAGCUCUUCCUCCGAGAAGAAAUUAGGACUCUAUUUAGAAGCCCUAAAAGACGACCUAAACCUAAGGGAUGGGAAACGAAAAAUGCGAGGAUUCUACUUUAAGCUUGGAAUGGACGACCUGGCGCCUCUGAGACGUGCACGAAUCUGCCGGGAUUUCCGUGGAUAACCUCUAUGAUCCUGUCCGUGGUAGCUUUGACGACCCUGCAGCUUAUUUGCCUUAUACGUCUGAUAGCGAACUACACGAAUCUGAUUAUUUCUCUGAUGACUACUUAUCUCGCAGGGUGCCCGCACUUCCUUCACGCUUCAACUUUGUUUGGUCCGUAAGAGUCGUCCAGGGACAAAGGACUCACCUGAUUAUGAUUUGCAUCGUCAUGUGUAGAGUUUUAUCGGGUUGAACAGGUAAAGAUAUACAGAGAAACAUGUUUUUAACAAUGAAUUUGUUGGACCCGAACGAUCUACUACCUCUUAUUCUACUUACAUGAUAAUUUUCUGCCCGACACUAAGUAAGAUAAAGAUGGUUGAUUAUGAUUUCGCAUUCGUUCUAUUUCAAUUAUUUCGCCAGUCACAUGAACAUGUACAACAACCUUUUUUGUCCCCUUCCCGCUUGAAAGACAACUGUUGCCCAUUCCGAAUGCCAAAAUGCGAGUUUAUGAUACACAACGAUGACCUACUCCUACGCACUAAUUGUGUCUCUGUGGUGCCGGUGCAGGGUUGCACCAUGAUAAGAAAUGGACGCGAGAGUUUGAAACUCAUCAAGG